GACCGGCUAUUCAACAGAGAGCAAACUGCACAGGCGGACGCGAGCUGUGCAGGUCUCCGCAAUGCCAGUCGGAUUUUAAAGCACCCGGUUCAGCCCGUAAAAAGGAAGGAACAGGACAUAUUAAAAUAACCCCUUUUCCCACUUAAACCACAGACUAUCUGGCUGAUACGGACUGGAAAAAAAAGAUAGAGGCAUCGUUAAAUUGGAGUAAAGCGCGUCCUCCGGUGCAGCGCAGAAUUAAGAGGAUUGCUGUAUCCCAAGAACUGCAACGCCGCGUGAAGUGUGUUUAGACGGGAAACAUGUCAUUGUCUGGGAAAGAAAAUAGCACUACCCCUCAUGCCAAUUACGUGGGACCAUACCGCUUAGAAAAGACCCUCGGGAAAGGACAGACAGGUCUUGUAAAGCUUGGGGUCCAUUGUGUUACAUGUCAGAAAGUUGCCAUAAAGAUUGUAAACCGAGAAAAGCUCAGCGAGUCUGUCUUAAUGAAGGUGGAGCGAGAGAUUGCCAUCUUGAAGCUAAUAGAACACCCUCAUGUAUUAAAGCUGCACGACGUCUAUGAAAAUAAGAAAUAUUUGUAUUUGGUUUUAGAGCAUGUGUCUGGCGGAGAGCUAUUUGACUAUCUGGUAAAGAAGGGCCGGUUAACACCCAAAGAAGCUCGAAAGUUCUUCAGACAGAUCAUCUCAGCCUUGGACUUCUGCCACAGUCACUCAAUAUGUCAUAGAGACCUGAAGCCAGAAAACUUGUUGCUGGAUGAGAAAAAUAACAUCAGGAUAGCAGACUUCGGCAUGGCAUCCCUACAGGUGGGGGACAGUCUGCUGGAAACUAGCUGUGGAUCUCCUCAUUACGCGUGUCCUGAAGUAAUACGGGGAGAAAAGUAUGAUGGAAGGAAAGCAGACGUUUGGAGCUGUGGGGUCAUUUUGUUUGCUCUGUUGGUGGGAGCUCUGCCGUUUGAUGAUGAUAAUUUACGAAACUUAUUAGAAAAAGUAAAGCUGGGCGUGUUUCACAUGCCCCAUUUUAUUCCACCAGAAUGCCAAAAUCUAUUAAGAGGAAUGAUCGAAGUUGAUUCUGGAAAAAGGUUAACGUUAGAGCUGAUCCAGAAGCACAUGUGGUACAUAGGGGGCAAGAAUGAACCGGAACCGGAGCAGCCGGUACCCAGGAAGGUGGCGAUCCGCAGUGUUCCCUCAUCUGAGGACAUCGACCCAGAUGUUCUGGAGAGCAUGCACUCACUAGGGUGCUUCCGGGACAAGAACAAGCUGAUGAAGGACCUGCUAUCAGACGAUGAAAAUCAGGAGAAGAUGAUCUAUUUUCUGCUGUUAGAUCGUAAGGAGAGAUACCCCAGCCAAGAAGACCAGAACCUCCCUCCUCGCAAUGAUAUAGAUCCACCACGGAAACGCGUAGACUCACCAAUGCUGAACAGGCAUGGGAAGAGAAGGCCAGAGAGAAAGUCUAUGGAAGUGUUGAGUGUUACAGAUGGAGGUUCACCUGUACCAGCAAGAAGAGCCAUUGACAUGACACAGCAUGGACAGAGUAAGAGCACGUUCAGUAAAAGCUUGGAUAUCUCGGACGCCAAACACAAAGCAAAGAGCAAAGAGGAAAGGUCACGGUCCAUCAGCGGCGCAUCCUCUGGUCUCUCCACCAGCCCUCUCAGCAGUCCAAGACCUGUCCGAAAGUUUUGCGUCCCUCCUCAAUCCAGCGAGCUGCUCUUAUCCCCUAGUUCUAGUAUCAUAGAUUCUCUAAAACCAAACUCAGAUCAAAACAUGGCAAAAACUUCUAACUCGCUGACACCAAACUCUAUAUCUGAGUCUCUUUUGCCUUACCCGAAGACUCAAACUCUUCCAGCCAAACCCAAAGAUAAACCUUUACAGUCUGCCCGAUCAAACCCCCUACCUGAAUCCGAGCCAGAACACAUUUCGACAGCCAAAUCAGAACCUUCAACUCCAUGUCAGCCUCAAGCACCGUGUAUACCGGGCAGCCCACUGGUGCGGAGGGCAACCCCUGCAUCUAUUAUUCCUCCUCAACUCUCUGUCCCUUUUAGACCUGCUGUCCCACUUUCUCCCAUUCGUCUACACCAUUUCCACCCUGUGCCCGGCUCUGACCACACCACCAAAUCUAUCCCUACAAUACAGGUGACCCCACACCCUUCUCCAAGGAGCAGCCCUAUUCCCACCCCCAAAGGAACACCUAUCCACACGCCGAAGAACAGCCCUGCAGGGACACCGACCCCUACACCACCACCGAGCCCCUCCAUUGGGGGAAUGCCCUGGAAGACACGACUCAACUCCUUCAAGAACAGCUUUCUGGGCUCGCCCCGCUUUCAUCGGAGGAAACUGCAAGUUCCCACUCAAGAGGAAAUGUCCAGCCUAACGCCAGAGUCGUCCCCAGAACUUGCCAAAAAAUCUUGGUUUGGUAACUUCAUCAACCUAGAGAAAGAGGAACAGAUCUUUGUGGUUAUUAAGGACAAGCCACUGAGCUCUAUAAAAGCCGACAUUGUCCAUGCCUUUCUCUCGAUACCCAGCCUCAGCCACAGCGUCAUCUCGCAGACGAGUUUUCGAGCCGAGUAUAAGUCCACCGCUGGCCCCACUGUCUUCCAAAAGCCUGUUAAGUUCCAGGUGGACAUCACUUACACUGAGAGCACUGCGGCCAACAAGGAAAAUGGCAUCUAUUCAGUCACCUUCACUCUGCUCUCAGGGCCAAGUCGACGAUUUAAGCGGGUGGUUGAGACAAUUCAGGCGCAGUUGUUAAGCACACAUGAUCAACCAGGGGUCCAGCAGCUGUCUGGCAGCCCAUUGAGUAACUUCUUUGACGUAAUUAAACAACUUUUUUCAGACGAGAAGAACAGCCAGGUGCCUGUUCCACCUGGCACACCCAACAGACAUCCACCAAACGCCCGUCGCCAUGACCCUCAGCCUAAUGACUCUAAAUGCCCACCGGGCAAUCCCAGGGACAAUGCCAAACUGGUAGCAUCUGCUGAGACACAGGAGCAGCUCUAAAACAAUACCAAGCUUUUUUUCAAAAUGCACAUGCGUAAAACUACUCAAAAAAUGUACAGUUUUAGAAGUUAUGAAAUUUAUAUUUGGACAUUAUUUUGGAUGAUGGGAUGAUUGUUUAGAAACUAGUAAUCACACAAAUCCAGGCACAUUUCCCCUUUCACUGUCUUUUCCAUGUCGCCUGCCCCUUACCAAUCCCCUGUCGUUCCUAUACCCCAAGUAUAUUCAUUUAAUCACGUCUGUCUUCCCGUUUUCUUCACCUUUGUAAUGGCUUGUCUUUACUGCUAGGAAUUAUCCAGAAAACAUAUUAAAGCUCCACCCCCACUUUCCUGCACAUCCUAUGACGGACAUUUAUUGACAGAUGGCACUUUUCAUGAUGAACAAGCAGGUACCAAGGAGAUGGAUGCUUCAUCCUCCGUCAUACUCUUCCCUUCCUUUUCCGGUCUCUCCAUGCUCGACAAGGACGACAAAUACAAAUAUGCACACUUCUUUAUUUUAGCUAAACCACCUGUGUGCUCCCCUGUCAUCAUCUGAGCACCUUAACUUGUUCAAAUGGUUGACCAAACCGGCUCCACCAACAGACUCUGUUCCAAAACAUAUUGAGCUGCAUUU